CCAGCGCCCCACAGGGACACGCCCCGGGGGAGGAGCUAACGUUUCGCCGGCCGGGUGAGGCUGAGAGCGGACUUCUGCGCCUCCGCCGCCCUGGGGGAGAGACAUGGCCCACGAGCGUCCCGCCGCCGCCCUGGAGCCCGAGCUCGUCCAGCGGCUGCUGCUCUCCUGCCGGGAAGCCAAGAAGUCUGCCUACUGCCCCUACAGUCACUUCCCCGUGGGAGCCGCGAUCCUCACUCGGGACGGAAGGAUCUUCUCCGGGUGCAACAUAGAGAAUGUCUGCUACCCAUUGGGUGUCUGUGCGGAGCGGACGGCAAUCCAGAAGGCGAUCUCAGAAGGACACAGAGAGUUCAGGGCCAUCGCUAUCUCCAGUGACCUGCAAGAUGACUUUAUCUCACCCUGCGGAGCCUGCAGGCAAGUCAUGAGAGAGUUUGGCACCAACUGGGCUGUCUACAUGACCAAGCCAGAUGGCACCUAUGUUGUCAGGACAGUCCAGGAGCUGCUGCCUGCUCCCUUCGGGUCCAUAGGCUGGCAAAAGGUCCAGUGAGUUCGGGAAAAUGCCCACUGCCUGGAAGAACCUGGGUUUCCACAUGUAUUUAAGGGGACAGCUGCCCAGAGAACUUCACGAAGAUGUUCUUAUAGACCUGGAGACAUCUGCCAAGUGAACAGGGCUGGGCAGAGAUGGCUUUUCCAAAUGCACUCGAGCGCAGAGAUCUUCACUGAAGCAAUAAAGGGUUUCGUUCCGUCCUGGGCCAACAUCCCUCCUGGCAACCCACCUUGUCCUUCCUGGGACAGGAACACCCAUCCCUUCCUUUCCUUCCCAAGGGCCAUCUUUAAAAUUCCAGCCAAGUCUGGACUGCUUCCCCAUCAGCCUUCCCAAGGUUCUAUACUGUUCUGAGCGACUUUUCUAAUCAUAGACCUCACAGAGUGCACGUUUUGCUCCAUCUCUAUCAUUGUUCACAACUCUAAGGGUGACAGAGUGAUUUGUCUUUCUAGAAAGACCUGGACAUCUUCUGCUAGGGGAAAGUGGGACUGUGUACCCUUCGGUGUGGAGAGCUGGCUUUUUAGGCAACUUGCUCCUCCAGAUGGGACGCCCCGCUGAGCUGAGCCAAACUGCCAAUGGCCAUUUCUAGAGUCUAUUUUGGACUCAGGGUAGACCUGAGCACCUCUGGAUGCUGUCCCCCUCUCCACGGCUGUAUCUGAGUGAUUCCAAAGUAUAAGGGGAAAGGCAGGAGUUCGUCUAGACCGGGUAAAAUUGUUUCUCUGGGGGCACCUGGGUGCCUCAGUGGGUUAAACCUCUGCCUGGGGAUCAGGUCAUGAUCCCAGGGUCCUGGGAUCGAGCCCCACAUCGGACUCUCUGCUCAGCAGGGAGCCUGCUUCCCCCUCUCUCUCUGCCUGCCUCUUUGCCUACUUGUGAUCUAUCAAAUAAAUAAUAAAAAUAAAAUCUUUAAAAAAAAAUGUAUCUCUGAAGACCGACUGUGUGCCGAGUACUUCCCCAUGGAUUCUUUUUUCUUUUCUUUCCUUUUUUUUUUUUAAAGACUUUAUUUAUCCAUUUGACAGUGACACAGCAAGAAAGGGAACAUAAGCGGGGGGCAAGGGGGUUGCCAGGAGUGGGAGAGGGAGAAGCAGGCCUCCCGCUGAGCAGGGAGCCCGACAUGGGGCUCAGUCCUGACUCUGGGAUCAUGACCUGAGCCAAAGGCAAACACUUAACAUCUAAGCCACCCAAGGUACCCGCAUGGAUUAUUUUUAUUUAAAGUGCCCAGCAGCUCACUAAAGUGGUUAUCUACCCCUUCUUAGAGAUGAGGGCACUGGGCUUCAGAGAGGUUGAAUGACUCACUCUAGGACUGUGGGAAAGCUCAGACCCGAACCCAGGUCUCAGAACUCUGAGUAUGGUCUCAAAAUAGUGCGUGAUCUUUGCCAGGAGCUGUGCUAAGGCGUGUAACACAUAUGAAGGCUUAUGUGAACUCUCAUUCAUCAAGCUCAAAGUGCAUUGUCCUCAUUUUACCAAGGAACAAAUAGAAGCUCAGAGAGGUAACGUCACUUGCCGAAAGUCACACAGCUAAGAGGCAGCAGAGCUGGAACUGGAGUCAGGUCUGUCUGAUUCCAAGUGUUUUGUUGUUUCUGGCUUUUUUUCCAUUCUCCUGCAGCUGAAGUUUGGCUGCCUUUGUAUCUUUUACAUGGCAAAAACUGCAAAGUUAAAGAUGUGUAAGAUUGGGCGCCUGGGUGGCUCAGUGGGUUAAGCCGCUGCCUUCGGCUCAGGUCAUGAUCUCAGGGUCCUGAGAUCCCUGCAUCAGGCUCUCUGCUCAGCAGGGAGCCUGCUUCCCUCUCUGUCUCUGCCUGCCUCUCCAUCUACUUGUGAUUUCUCUCUGUCAAAUAAAUAAAUAAAAUCUUAAAAAAAAAAA